AUUAAAUUUCGGGCCUUCAGAAAAGGCCCCCGUCUUCUCCAUCUCAUUGAACGGCCAGUCCACAUUAAAAAAAAAUCAUACAAUCAAAACUCGCGCCCAGAUUCACCUGCUUUACGGAUUCGGGUUACCGGGUUUGGAGCUUAUUGUUCACCAUAGCCCUUCUUCGCCUUCGUCUUCUACUUUGCCCUAUCCAGCUAUUCCCAAAUCGAAAUCCCUAAUUUCUCAAUUGAACCCAAGUGAAUUCAUAAAUUUUUCAUCCUCAAACGCACUUGCCUUCUCCCCGCUGUAUCUUCGAGCUGCUCCAGGUGAAUAUUUGAUCCAAUGCUGGGUAUUUUUUGUGUGGUGAGAGACUAAUGCUGCUGGCAAUGGUUGUUCGGGAGUGACUGAAAUUGAGUUUGUUUUGAAUUGGCGAUGAACGAAGUUGCUGCUUUGAUAUGAGUAGAUUGUCUAUUAGGCCGCGGCCGCUUGACUUUCACAAGAAACUCCCUGUUGUGAAAUCUGUAAAGGACUUUGAGGAUGAUGAGACACCCACGAGUACUCGUAAUGCUCAGAUACUCCGUGUUGCUUCAGAGGCUGAGGCCGAGGUACCACACGUUCCUACCAAGAAACUCGCUUCUGAAAUACCUACGCCUCAGUAUGUGGUUGUGGACACAUACGAAAGAGACUAUUCCCGCACUUUUGCUCAACCGACAUCAUACCUACGUGCCAGGGGAGCUCGAGCGGAGAUUGGGGAUUUCGUUGAGUAUGAUCUUGAUAACGAGGAUGAGGAUUGGUUGCUAGAGUUUAACAGAGAACGGAAAACCCUGACACCUGAGAAGCUGGAGAUCAUUCUUUUUAAAUUGGAGGUUUCAGACCAUAAGGCUCGGGAAAGAGCAGGAGUUAUUACACCUACUCUGGGCCCGCCAGUUCCCGUGCUUCUGACUUUCGAUGCUGCUGUUGAGGCACUGCAAUCUCUUUCAAUUAAAUACGGAGUUUUCCAGUCUAUUUACAAUUACUGGAAAGAAAAACGAGAACGAUGGCAAAAGCCUAUUCUACGGCGUUUACAGCCACCACCUCCAGUAAAUGACACCAAUCCUUACAAUGUGUUUAGGCCUAGGGAAAGACCAAAUAGAUUGCACACUCGGCGGAUGCAAAGGAGGGAAAACAAUGUGCAGUCAUUUGAAAAGCUUCGCCAGGUCAGACGAAAUCUUGAACAAGCAAAGACCAUACUAGAGGCUUUGGUUAAGAGAGAAGAGAAGAAAAGGGAUGUUAUGGAGAGUGAGGUUGCCCUUCAACGGAUUCAAAUGAAGUACAAGAAUGAAACCGGCCUUCUUGAAGACAGUUUGGCCUUACCUGGAUUGCCAUCAUUCCCCAGCAAGGUGGUUUCAAGUGAAGAGGAAUUUGUGGAUUCUGAUGAUGUUGCUAAUAGCCGUCCUCGCAUGCGGCCUGCAGCUUUACAGCAUCCUUCCUUUGUGGACUCAAAGCUGGGAAUGGCUUCUGCAGUAAAUAUGAGGCGAGAGUUUAAACGGCCAAAUGGAUGGCUAAAUAAACUGGUAUCAAUGGAGCAAUUUAACUUGUCAUUUUUAUUUGUUACAGUGUUUGUGGAUACUUGCUUCCUUUUUUUAAAAAAAGUGUCUAUGUAUUUAAGCAAAGUCUUCUUGUUUUCCCCCCUUUUUGGAUCAAAUGCAGGAUCCGGAUGAGCCAGUUAUGCUGUUUACCAAGCCACUAGUUCCUGAAAAGCUGGUUGCUGCUGGCAUUACUCCACCAUCAGCUUCUUCACUACCAAACAAUGAAUCGACACCAUUACCUACAUUUCGGGGAAGGAUGGGACGUGGUGGUAGAAUUGUGUUUGACCGUUGUAAUCCGCUUAUGCUUACUCCUCCUGACUGUGGUGAAUUUAACUAUGUACCACCAAACCCCCGCCAAUCUGUAAAUCUUUGACGUUUUCAUUUGCAGCCAGUCCUUCACCAAUGUGGUAUUUAUUUGACAAUGAGCGAUAUUUGUGAGAACCGUCCAGACUUUAGUGUCUUUCAGAUCCCAUUAGUAGAGCACUUGAUGCAUAGGAUAGUCAGUCUUAUCGCUCUGCCAAUUGUAAAAUUAUCUUUGUGAGGCUUUGAAGAGGGAAGAAUAUCCCCUCAGCUCUCUGCUCUCUUUCAGUAGCAUAGGCUAUAGGGUAAUUUAGUUAGCAAGAUAGCUUAAGUGCCUGCAAUGACAACAUUUUGACCCGUAUGUGUAUGCUCCUGUUGUAAAUUGAAUGUUGAACUCUCAAAAGACAAUAAGAAUAGAGAUAUCAUAGGGCAGUUCCAAACUUGUGUAAGUUCCUCCUCCUGGCAAACUUCUUUGGUUUUAAUUUUUUUUGCGCUGAUCAUUCUCUCGAUCUUCAUAGUUUCACACAUACUCUUUUUGUUCUUGAUUGUUGAUUCUUGUUUUUACUUAUGGUUAUAGAUUGUCUUCUGAUUAUAUCGUUGUAAAGUUCUGACUAGAUAUUACUGUAAAUUGCUCUUUAAGCAACUCAAAAACAAGGCUUCAAAUUGCUCGAGCUACUACUGUUUGAAAGAAGACUUAAACAAGUGUAGUUUCACACUCUCUAUCCAUUUUUAUUUUUUUUAUUUUCAAUGGGAAAAUGAUCCUGGAACAGGAU